GGUCGUUGUGGCGAUGGGGAUGGUCCAGGUGGAGGCAGCACGGGUGGUGAGCGGUCAGACAGUGUGUGUGGGCGGGGCCGAGCGUCCCUGCUAUAAGAUGGCGUACUUCCAUGACGUGUCGAGCCGCGUCGCCUUCAGCGAGGCGCGUCAGGCCUGCGAGAUGGACAGAGGAGCGCUUCUCAGCAUCGAGAGCUCGACGGAACAGCGAGACAUCGAGCACCUGCUGCAGGAGCUGCGUUCAGGUGCGGUGGACAGGGCAGGAGGGGGCGGGGGCAUAGCUGACGGGGACUUCUGGAUCGGCCUGACUCGGGUGGAGGGAGUGGAUCAGACUCAGUCGGAGCUCAGCAAUGCCUUAACUUCCUGUCCGCAGCUCUACCAGUGGACCGACGGCAGCGUGGCCUCCUUCAGGAACUGGUACUUCGAUGAACCAUCCUGUGGAGGUGAGGCCUGCGUUGUCAUGUACCAUCAGCCAACUGCGCCUUCUGGUCUGGGCGGGGCUUAUCUCUACCAAUGGAACGACGACCGGUGCAACAUGAAACACAACUUCAUCUGCAAAUACAACCCAGAGAGCCAUCUGGUGAAUGACACACCUGGUGGGCAGGAUACAGCAGUGACUGCAGGUGGAGGCGUGGCCACACAGCCUGCAAACAACGAAGACGUUCCACCUCAGGUCACCAUGGCCGGAGCUUCAGGUAUGCUGCUGCUGUACGUCGUCAUCCCCACCAUCCCCCUGCUGCUGCUCAUCCUGGUGGCUUCUGCCACCUGCUGUUUUCAGAUGCUCAGCAGAAGUGAUUCCCGAACCAAGACGCCUGGCGACCAAUCAAAUCUGUGGAUUUCCGGGUCACCCAAAGCUGACAGCAUGGAGGUCUGA